AUCCAGCAGGCUGCUGAAGAUACUGGAAUGGAAUUCAGAAAAGAUAUGAAAGCUGAGUAUGUAAAUUUUGGAGUCAUCCAUAAAGAAGUGAUGAACCCAGAAGAAGUAACUAGAUCAACUAGAAAUAUAUAAAAGAGAAUAAAAUUUAGGACAUCUCCUGUAAUACUAGAAUGAGAUAUGGAUGGCAAUCCAGGCAAAUAGAAACAUCAAUCAUAAAGAUAAAAAAAAAAAAAUGACAAAGUAGUACCACAAAAAACCCAGGGAGGAGAGACUAUCCAGGAGGGAAGGAUCAAGAGUGAAAAACACUAUAGAGAGGAUAAGAAAGAUGAAGACUCCAUACAGUUAUUGGAUUUACUCAUAAAGAAGUAUUUAGCUCCAUAUAUUUUUGUAAAUAUUUAUUCUACAUAUAUUUAUAAACAUAUAUAUUUCCCUGAUAGAAAACUUGUCAUAAGCUUCUUGAGAGUAGGAUUAUUUUAUUCCCUGUAUGUCUGUGCCCAGCUUAGCAUAGUGACAUAUAAAAAUACAGACAUGCCUAAUGUUUUUCGUUUGAUGGAAGUGAGCUAGCAAGGGGUAAAGAAGUUGGAGAUAAAAAACUAAUGUCAGUGAUUAUUCAAACUUUCUCUUGAAGUUUGUCUGAUAAAACAAUUGAGAUAAAGGAUAAAAGCUUGAGAAGAUGGCAAGAUCAAGGGAAGGUUUUUAUGCAUGUUUGUAGCCAGUAAAGGAGCCAAUGAAUAAGCAGAUUGAAAAUUAAGUAUAGAGAGGGAAUGAUUAAAGGGUAAGCUUCCAAAAGAGAUAGGAAGAAAUAAGAUUGAGGGCAAAAGUAGUUUAUAUUACUCUACUCAACUUCAAAACUCUUCAUUGUUCUAAGAUAAAUUCCUGUUUAUUUUUAAAAGCCCUUCACUACUUGCCUCCGAUGUAUAUUUCCAGUACUAUUAUACAUCACUCCCCUUUCCAUAUUCUAUGCCCAGCCAAACUGACCUCCUCCCUCUUCAAUGUUGCAUCCAUUUCCCUUGUUCACCUCAAUGCCUUCACACAAGCUGUGCUUUGUGCAUAUAAUGCACUCCCUCUUCCUUUCUGCUUUAGAGAAUCUUCUUUCAAGAAGCUGAUGACAUUUUCUACUCAAAAUUUUUCUUGAUCUCUCAACUUCUAACAUCAUAGGGAAGUAUUCUAUCUCACACAUACACACACACACAUAUAUACAUAUCAUAGUGAGGGGUAAGAAUAAUAGUAUGUUUGUAUAUGUAUACAUGUUGACUCUGAUAGAAUGUAAGUCCUUUGAAAUUGGUUUCAUUUCAAAAAUCUUAACUGUCAGUGCCUAUAACAGUAUCUGGCAUAUAGUAAACUCUUAAUGUUUUAUUAUUUAUUUGGAUACAGGAUAAUACUGAGGUGUUCUGAAGAGUAGUACUGGGGAAAAACUCAAGAUGUACAGCUUCACCUUCUCAGUUAAGUAUGAAGUGUUUCCUCUGCUGAGGAGGAAAUGGGGAAAGGAUAGUUUGUAGAGUACAGAUUUGAAACAAAUGUUGUUAUAAAUGAAAUAGGAAUUCAGUAAGAAAAGAGUAAAGAGAUUAGUAUAAUAUGACAGCAAUCAUGUUAAGAUGAUAAAUAUAAAUCUGAAGUGGUCCCAGGUAGCAAGAUUGCUCUAGGAUGUUUUGCAAGCAAAACGUGAAUGGAAUUAGAGAAAAGGUUGGUGGAAAUAAUGAAGAGUUGAGUUUUGGAAAGGAAUGAAAAAAUAGGAAGAGAACAAAAGGCUGAAAUAUAGAAGACAUUAUAAAGUUGAACUUAAAUCUAAGAGCACAGAGGAAAACAGGUCCCAGGUGGUAAGACUUUGUUGAAACUGAAGGCUAGUUUUGAGAAGGAGAAGGUAGGUAUAAGAAAAGUUGAAAGGAUAGAAUCAGAUAAUAGACCUUCAAAGUUAUGGACUGUGGAAAUGGAUAUAUUUACAAAUACAACUAACCAACUCUAUGUGUGGCUGUGUAGUUUACAUAUGUAAGGUGUAGCUCAUCGGAGUCGAGGUUGAAGCAAAAGUGUUUUAAAAAAUUAGAGAUCUGCAACAAAUAAAUUUAGGCUCCAAAUAUUAAGUGCGAAUUUUGUAGCAUAGAGUGCAAGUAGUGAACUCCAAGAGAACGGACGCCGGUGAAGUAAAAUAAGAGGGCUGACAGAGUGAGAAUAUAUACAGCAUCAGUAUAGGGUUAUAUAUCCAAAUAGUGCAAAUUUCAUAAAUGUCCGAGGUACUCCCAGAAAGUUUGCAAGCUUCGAGGCUUCAUGAAUUAAAAGCAAUUCAUAAUCUGACUCCAAAGCCGCAGGAUAGGGAUCCCUCGAAACAGACUUUAUCCUUAUUCCUAGCAUGGUAGAAGUAUGGAUUCUUCAGAGUAACCCCGGGUCAGCUACAGACCACAGAUGAUUUUCAGAGCUGGAUUUUGUCAUAAUCUUCAUUGCAUUGGUGGUGGUGGUUGUUUUAAUGACUUCUAGUUGCAAAGGCAGCACUUUCCACUUCUUCAGGCGGCCUCUCUCCGAGGUUCAGGCAGAGGCUGGAUGACCUCUGGCCUGAAGGCGCCUUUGGAGUCCCCGCCGCGGGACCAGGGCUUAGGCAAGGUGACCUCGAGAUUGCGCCGUCUCACCAGGAGCUGCUGGGCAUUUUUUGGUAUCUAGUAAAUACCUGAGCGAAGGUGAGUCCGGAGUCCCAAGUUUUCUCCUUUAUGACUCAAGGAAUAAAAAGUCCUGCAGGGAUUGCUUGCGUAGGGGAAGGGAGCUGCCAGCUCUCGUCCUGACUCUAAGGGCGGGGAAGGCGGAGCCUUACUCUAGGCCCCAGUCCCGGGACUCAGGGAGCAAAGGCCCCUCCCGAGACCACCUGACCUUCCCCUCCCAGCAGGCGUUUAUGCAAAUAACCUCCCCCUAGUGAGUCUCUAGUACCUUUCCCUCCCUUUCGUCCCGCGCACUGCGCACGCGUCCUCUCAUCCUUCUUCACACCCCGCCCCCUUCCGCCCACUCUCUGCUGCGCUCCGCCCCACUCCGCCCACGCUUUGUGGCCCCCAGUAGCUGCCGCCGUCGCCCGAGACCAGCGCUUGAGGGUGGGGAGAAGACGGGGGGAGGGGGUGACGGUGGCCGGUAAGGCUCCUUCCCGACACGGCGGCGAUGUCCGCGAGCCCGGAGCGUGCCGCGGCGGCAGCGGCGGGGCCUCAUGCGCAGCGCGGCAGCCUGGCCUUCGGCCUCCCUCCGGCUCCCGUAGAGCGGGCCGGUGGCAAGAGCAGUAGCUGCCGAGGCCGUGGAGUCUCUGGCUUGUCUUCCUCUUUUUCUUCCUCCUUCCCCUUGGCCGUCGGGUACUGAGCCGGGGGAGGGGAGGCGGCCUGAGUGGCCGGGGCGGGGGCUGCUGCUUUGAGGAUGGGAAUUCUCUUCACCAGGAUAUGGAGACUGUUCAAUCACCAGGAGCACAAAGUUAUCAUUGUUGGUCUGGAUAAUGCAGGGAAAACCACCAUUCUUUACCAAUUUUCUAUGAAUGAAGUUGUACACACAUCUCCUACUAUAGGAAGUAAUGUAGAAGAAAUAGUAGUUAAUAAUACACGUUUCCUGAUGUGGGAUAUUGGUGGCCAAGAAUCUCUUCGUUCUUCGUGGAAUACUUACUAUACUAACACUGAGUUUGUCAUUGUUGUUGUGGACAGUACAGACCGAGAGAGGAUUUCUGUAACUAGAGAAGAACUCUAUAAAAUGUUAGCACAUGAAGAUCUAAGAAAAGCUGGAUUGCUGAUUUUUGCUAACAAACAAGAUGUUAAAGAAUGCAUGACUGUAGCUGAAAUUUCCCAGUUUUUGAAGUUAACUUCAAUUAAAGAUCACCAGUGGCAUAUCCAGGCAUGCUGUGCUCUCACUGAUUGUGCCAAGGACUUGAAUGGAUGAUGUCACGACUUAAGAUUAGAUGAUCUCUACUGACCUCUGUUUGUAGACUUUGCAUAAAUGAAGUGCUGGACUAUAAUUAACCUGAAAGCUGCAAAAAUUAAUGGGUUAGAUAUAUUUAUAAUAAACUGACAAACUUUUUCUAUAAGAAACAAAUUAAGACCACUUCUUUGAAAAGAAAGAUGGAGUCCCACGUUCCAGUUUGCUUUCAUAUAAGUUUCUUCUGAAGUUAGGUCUUAAAGCUGUGAUUGACAUUUCUGUCAUGAUGAAUCCUCUCAGGACAUUGUGUAGUCUGUGGUAAGUAUAAAGGGAGAGGAAGACAUUUUUAACUACAAGAGCUUUAUUAUCAGUAUAACCCUCCCUAAAUUGAAUGUUGUCUUUUCAUUUGAUUAAGUCAAAAAAACAAAUCAAUGGCACAAGUAUUCAAUUUCCACUAUUUUUAAAAUGUAAUGUUACAUAUGAGAAAGAUGUUUUGCAUCAGUUUGUAUAUGUAUUGUGUGUAUACUUCCAAUUUAGGUUAAUGGCUUUGAUUUAUGUACUAGAGAAAGGUAAAUAAUAUACCUAACCUAAAUGAAUAAUAUAGUUACUUAUACCUGGAAUGAAACCAGUACAUGUCACUUAUACUUUGUCUUCAUGUUCUCUGUAUUGUAUUAACCUACCCAGAAAAAAUUUUGCACUGCUUCUUUAAAAAAAGAAAAAAAAAAAGCUGAAAGUUUCUAAAUUUAGGGUUUCGGAGUGGGGGAGGGGGUCAGAUGAAUUCCUAAACACACACAAAAAGAUAUGGUACACUGGAGUGAAAUUCUUAUAUAGUGUAGUUGAUUUAAUAUUACCAACUGCCACUAAUUUAUUUCCAGAAUGUUCUUUUAUUUUUUUUUAAAGGACUUAUUGCCUAUAUAAAUAAGUAAUCUUAUACUUUAAAUUAUGAGAAUAUAAUUUAGGAAGUGAAUUUUCAGAGCCAAUUAUGAGGAAAAAAAUUGAGAAAUACGUCUAUCAAAGGAUGUGACCCUUCAAAAAUUCUGAAGUAUUGGAUUUUAGUUAGAAUCACUGUACAUACCUUAAAUUAUAUGACAACUAUUAAAUGAAUUUGACAUCUUCAAGAGUAAAGCAUACUAUCCUAGUCACUGAAAUGUGGAGGUUCUGCCAUUGGUUAAUAAUGGUCUGCUAUGGAAGGCAAGAAGUUGUUUUUACUUUUUUUAAGUUUUAAAACAUCAGUAUUUUGAGAACAGUUAAAAUUAUAGCUAAGAGAUUUAUUCCCACUUAAUAAAUUGCUUAAUAACUAGGUAACUAGUUCUGAAUUUUUCUGAAUGUUUAUUAUGAUUUCAAAAUGGUUUUGCAUGGUGACUUUGGAAGUAAUCUAUAUUAAACUUUAUUGCCAUUUAUAAUACUGUUGCUCAGAGUACUAUAAAUGUUGAAUUGAUAUUUUUAAAAAGAUUUGUUAAAAGUCAAAACAUAAGCCUCUGACAUAAACAUGAACAGCUAUUGUACUAAUACUAUUAUCAUUUAAAAAUCCCUGCAUAUUAUAUUGGUUUAACUUUAAAAUCCCAACUAUUUCAAAACAAUAUAAUCCAAAUUGUACAAGAAAUAAUUUUAAAACUUAAUGUGAAUCUUUUCAAAAUUAAUGAAAUUAUAGGGAGAAAUAGAUGUACAUAUCAUAAAUAGUAAUAUAGAUUUAAAGGUCAUUACUACCAAAAUAUGUUAUAAAAAUAAUAAAAUUUUAACUAAGUCAGAAGCAUGUGGUUUUGGUAGAUCACUUCAGUAUUUAACAUUAAGAACAUUGUGUUUUAUGUUUUUAUAACCAUUAUACAUUUUCAGGCUUAAAAUGAAAGCAUGACAGUUUUAAUUAUAUAAAGAUCAGUAUGCUUUUGAAGACGGGCUGUCAAUUAUAGACCUUUAUUGAGUCAAGCUUAAUUGAUUCUCAAACUCUAGAUACUUUCAAACUUUUUCCCCAAUCACCUGUUAGGAAAAAGAAGUUAUAGUUAUUUAUCUAAUGCAAAUGGUAUUUUAAACCAAAUUUUCAAAAAUUAUAGCUGAGAGUUUUUUUAAAGUGGGGGCACACUCAGCAUCCUUCAAGUUCUUUCUUUGACUUUUUAAAAGAAAUUUUGGUCCCUCCAAGUCAUAUUGAUGACAGUAUGCUCUCUUCCUAAUGUUUUAUUUUCCAAAUUUAUUGUAUAUUGUUAAAUACACAAUUUAAAUAAAAAUAUAUUUUAAAUAUACUUGGUCUUACCAAGUUGGAAAAGCUUUGUGUUGUGCUCAGUGAUGAAGUAUAUUUUUAUUGCCUGAGGACCAGUCUGGCUAAAUUUGGAGAGAUUUUUUUCAACCACAGGAACUCUAGAAGAAAAACUGUAAUCUACAUCAGGGAAGGAAUCCAUAUUAAUGAAAUCAUGAAAAUUUAAAAGAAGCAUAUUUUAAAUUAGAUUUUAAAACCAUGUAUCAAAGCUGUAGUUUGAAUAGUUUUCCCAAGUUGCUGUUAGAGUGACAUGAGAACCAAUAGAAUGUGUUGCACUUAGAAAAGAAUUUUUUUUUUCCUUUAAAACAAGUGAAAGCUCUUGUGUUUGUGCAGUUUCAGGUUUGUUAGGAGGAAAAAUUUUCAGACUCACUGAUGAAGACUGAAAGUUCAUCUUUAUAGUCCUUCAGGUUGAAGUAGUGCAUUUUAAUUCUCAGAAAAAUGAAGGCUCACAGAUAGUGAUUAUUCAUAAUUUUUUUUUACAUUAGGUGGGUUAAAGCAAGUUAUGUUUUUAUUGUUUAUUAUGUAACUUUUUUUUUAAAUGAAAAACAAUCUUAAUUUAGGAAACAUGACUUUUCUUUGAAAAGGAGCUUUGCAUUUUCCUGGUCUUUAUAAAAUAAGCAUAAUGUAAAUGAAAUCUAAGAAAAGUUAUUUACUUUAAUGAAAUUCUUAACUAUAGUAUUGUGCGCUAUUUACUUCUGCACAAUUAUGAACAACAAUUUCAUUCAUACAAAAACCAAAAAUAUUUCAAAAAUAACUUUCACUCUGUAACUUUCCUAAAGAAUUAAUGGUUUCAUUUUAAAACUUAAGAUUCUAUUGACUAAAAAGUAGUCUUUUGUGUUAAAUCUUAAUUUAACAGAAUUAAGCUACAGUAACACAUAUUGGAUAAAGAGGUGGGCCUCAGAGGGUCAUACUAUCAAUAUAUGUCAGAUUUGAAUUUAGAUCUUCCUGAUUCUAAAACUAUAAAUUGCAGAAGAGUUGCUGUCAGCAUUGGCAGGGGGGAUUUCCAAUACUAGGAAUUUUCUACCAAUUAAAUUUGAGUUCCAGACUCAAAAAGUCCAAACUUGAAAUGUCAUGCAAUAUAUAUAAUAUACAUGAUCAAAAGAUUAAGUUCCAUAAUGUACUGAAAGCUUGUACUGUUUUUGGGAGACAGUAUUCACAGUCUGUGUUCAAGAAGUGCCUAAAAUUAAUUUGCAAUGACUAUUAAGUUCAUCUAAUAAAUGUCUGUCUUACAUAGUAUUGUAUAUAUUAUAUAACUCCCAUUUAUUAUCUCCUUUACUAAAGUAAUUAUCUCCUUUACUAAAAGAGUACUACAAAAACGUUUGAGAUUAAAGGAGUCCGGUGGAGCCUAUAACAGAAUUUGAUAUGUUAGGCAUGUAGUUAACUGAUAAUUGUCCUAAUAAGAUCUGAUCUUUAGUAAUUGAAUUCUUAUAUUUAAAUAGCUUUAAGUGUACAGUAAUUUCACCAUAGCUGAUUCCCCAUUAUGUGAAUUUUUUUUUUGAAAGAUGGUUUUUGAAGAUGUGGUUAUUCUCAGUAUUUGGUAAUCUUCAUUGAACUUCAUGCAUUUUUUGAGCCUUUUUUUUUUUUUUUUAAAUACCAAUACCCUGCUUCCCUUCCUUUAAAAGUUUACUUGGAAAUCUAAGUUCUUUGAUAGAUUGGGCUUAUUGUCCAUGUCAUUUGAACAAAUGCUGUAUUUAUUGACCUUAAUGUAUAACUACAGACUGUAGGUAGAAUUACUUUGCCAUAUUUUUAUCAGUUUGUAUUUCAGGUUCUUUUUAUCUUAUUGAAAUUUGUAUUUCCUCUGUUUACUCUUUUCUUCCCCACACCUCCAAAGUAGUUCUAUUUUUUCCCCCUUUAAAUCCACAGCCUUGCUUGGCUCGGUUUCUUAUAUAGGUUAAUAAGUUCAUGAUACUUCUCAUAAAAUAACAAUAUUUCAUUUAUUAAGCAUGUGAUAGUGUUUUUUAAAUGCUUUCCUCAUAAAACCCUCUGAGAUCAAUCAUGAAAGUAUUCCCUUUUUGCAAGAUUAAAGAACCAGUUUAUUAAUUGUCACAGUAAUGUCAGGGGCAGUAUUUGAACUCUGGUAUCUAGCACUCAUGCUAUGGCAUCCUGUCUUCUGUACUUCUAUCAUUCCCAUAUACACUGGGGCUUCAUACUGCAACACACUUCUUCAAGGCACUUACUAGACCAAGCUUAUAGGGUUUUUUGGUUACUAAACUAGAGGAAAGUGCACAGUGACUAGUGUUGUGCUUUCUUGUUGGUUAAAGUUAAAGUUCAUAAUUUACUCUUUUGCUUAAUUCAUUCAUUUUACCCAGUCUAUACUUCAUUGUUGUUUGUAACAUUUUUCUAUCGCAGACCCAUCUAAGUAAUGAUACAAGACAUUUUAACAUCUGGGAGUUUUUUGUAAUAGAAUUUAACCUGUAUUACAAAGAUUGGUUUUUGGUUUUUUGGGAUUGUGGGUUUUUGUUUUUAGUAUACAGUAUUUUUCUGUACACAUGAUAUAACACAUUUGGAAUUCUGAGCAGUGAAAGCUUCACUUGAAAAGUUCUGUUCAAGAUUUGGAGAAUUUGGGUGCCUAUAUUUUGGUAAACUUGAUUGCUAAUAGCCAAACAAAUUUUAUACAGCUAUCUGUAAAGAGAGGAUUCUCCUACCCCAAAUUACUCAUUUUUUCCAUAUGAAUAUAUGAAACUAUAGAAAAUUCUAAAGUGUCUUCAUUCGAUAUUAGGAAUUGGAGAAUUGAAGAAAAUACUCCCAUGAUAUUGAACUCAUAGAUUCAUGGGUGCUUAGGGAGAUGGAUCAUUUCAUACUUGGAAAUUACUAUUAUUUUAUCCAUUAAAAAAAAAAGGCUGAAACUGUUUAUCUGUUACAGAGCAUGGAGCUUGCUUGGUAGUAAUAGCUUAUGAGAAUGUUUCACAAGUAAUAAAUAAACCUCAGAAAUGUUCAGGUGUGCAUAUGUAGAGAAGACUGAUGAGAUUUGACUAAUGCAUUCAUUUGUAUGUACAGUGAUGAAACAAAUUAAUUUUUAAAAGUUAUAGAGAAGAUAUUGACAUGGAGUAAUUUUCUUUGCCUUAUGUUGUAAAAAAUAAGUAAGUAAAAGUUAAAAAAAAGUAAAAUUGUUCCCAUAUCUGCUGUUCGUUUCACAUUAUAUCUUCUGUUGUAAGAAGGUUAAUUAUAAUAGCUCCAUUCCUA